UUGCCUGUUGUUAUACGCUAUUGCUGACUUUUUUUUCCCCGUUCCAUAAAUAUAGUGAAAACUAACUUGGUGAUUGUUUUCUGUUCCCUUUUUUGAGUCACAUUUAUUGGGAAGCUGAAUUUUGUAGUGAAAUGUCAUGUGUUUCUGCAUUUCAAACUACUAACAUUUCUGUGCAUCCAAAUACAUAAUUCAGGUGUUUCUGUUUAAAUUUGAUUUUGCAGGUGGGAGGGCAGUUUUCUAUGUAAUACUUUUUUAUUCAUGUAGUUUUAAAUGUAAAAUGCCUCUAGGUUGCCAUAUUGUGUUGAUGUGGGGGCAGUUAGUUCAUAUGUAAUACUGCAGUCACUGAGGACUGGAAUUAAUAUAAAUCUUAUUUAAAAUUAUUAAAAACCACAUAAGGUUAUUGUCUGGUGUUAUAUAUAUACUCUAAGUGGUGGCUAUGUCCUGUCAUGUAGAUUACCAUGGUUAGGCAGUGACCUCGAGAUCAUGGAUUUCUUGAGGUACCAGCUUGGGUAGAAGGUCUCAGGCACAGCGUAGACUGCAAUUCCCACCUCACAGGAGGCAUGUUAAGGUUGAGGGCACGAGGAGUCAAAUUACUUGAAAGGUACCAGACAGGGUUACCAUUUUGUUCUUUUAAAAGUAUCUUUCAAUUUUUACUUCUUGUUCAGUGGUAACAGCUUUUAUUUGCACUUACCCAAAGUUGCACCAGUUUUUAAUGGAGAAUUUUAAUUUUUAGUUAGCAGUCUGGCCUUUAUAAUGUGUAUUACCACAAAAAAAAAGUGGAGGCUAAAAUCUGGGUCAAUGAUGCACUUUAAACACUUAAAACUAGAAGGUUUGUUCAAAUUUGUUUUACUAUCUGAGAGUAAAUCCCCGUAAUAUUUGUUUAGAUGGGAAAGUUCAGUUUAAAAGGUAGUUUUUGAGAAACUUAAACUCACUCAAUCGUAAUUUGCACACCCAAUUUGAUUUAUAUAGAAGCAUCCCGGCACGUGGAAGGAAUACAAAUCUCUCUUUAUAGUCAUCAAAUAGACACUCCGCUCCUUUGUACUAUGAGAGGGACUGAUGAGAAAUGUGUGCAUUAUGUUGAUCGCAGAUUGACUAGCAUAGUCUGAAAAGAGGCUGUGGACAAUGAGAGCAAGAUCAGCCUAAUUGCUCUCCCUGCAUCAGCAGCAUCUAUAGAGCAUCCUGGGAAUUGCUUGCCCUACGAUCUGAGCAGCUGGUCACAUGAGUCUGAAUUUUCAAUUCAGUUCAUUAGUCAGCCAUUUUGGUCAACACCCUGCUUGCUGCGCACAACCAAUCCUAUUAGCACUCUGUGUCCAGGCUUCUCUGGGGGAGAAAGAGACUAGUAGUGAUUCUAGCAAUUCCGGAUAUCUUUUCCUAUAGACUUAUAUUAUUUUGGUUUUUCUCUUCUUAGUUUUGGUAACUAGCCAAGGAAGCUUUUUCUUUUAUGCAGUGACCAGGUUUUCUGUGGUUGCUUAGGAUUAAUAGCAUCUAGCACAGCUGAAGAGAAAGAUAGUUGGGGAAGAGAAAAGAGGAAACUGAAGAGGAGCAUCACUUAUACCUUGCUGUAUAUAUGAAAAAGCUACUGCAGUUUGUGUGAUUUGAGCAUAUUUGUUCUUACACAGCAAGGUGGUAUUUCUUAUCUUCCUCAGAAGGCUUUUCCUUUUAGUUCUUUUUUGUUGUGCCAGCUGAGUCAUCAUGUCUGCCUUGACGCCUCAAAGCGAUAUGCCAACCCCCACUACAGACAAGAUCACACAGGCUGCCAUGGAGACCAUCUAUCUUUGCAAAUUCCGAGUAUCUAUGGAUGGAGAAUGGCUCUGCCUGCGCGAGCUGGAUGACAUCUCACUUACCCCUGACCCAGAACCUACCCAUGAAGAUCCUAAUUAUCUCAUGGCUAAUGAACGCAUGAACCUGAUGAAUAUGGCUAAACUGAGUAUAAAGGGGUUGAUUGAAUCAGCACUUAAUCUGGGCAGAACACUGGACUCUGACUAUGCACCUCUUCAGCAGUUCUUUGUAGUGAUGGAACACUGCCUUAAACAUGGCUUGAAAGCCAAGAAGACUUUUCUUGGACAAAAUAAGUCAUUUUGGGGACCUCUGGAGCUGGUAGAGAAGCUUGUUCCUGAAGCUGGAGAGAUCACAGCAAGUGUUAAAGAUCUGCCAGGGCUUAAGACGCCUGCAGGUAGAGGAAGAGCCUGGCUUCGCCUGGCCUUAAUGCAGAAGAAGCUUUCAGAAUACAUGAAAGCUUUGAUUAACAGAAAGGAUCUUCUCAGUGAAUUUUAUGAGCCUAAUGCUCUCAUAAUGGAAGAAGAAGGUCACAUAAUUGCUGGCCUCCUAGUAGGGUUGAAUGUCAUUGAUGCAAACUUCUGCAUGAAAGGAGAAGACUUGGAUUCACAGGUUGGAGUUAUUGAUUUUUCAAUGUACUUGAAGGAUGGGAACAGCAGUAAGGGCAAUGAAGGAGAUGGUCAAAUAACUGCUAUUCUGGACCAGAAAAAUUAUGUAGAAGAACUCAAUAGACACUUAAGUGCCACUGUAAACAAUCUGCAGGCAAAGGUGGAUGCUUUAGAAAAAUCCAACACUAAACUUACUGAGGAGCUUGCAGUUGCAAACAACAGGAUUAUAACACUGCAAGAAGAGAUGGAACGAGUUAAAGAAGAAAGUUCUUACCUCUUGGAAAGUAAUCGUAAGGUGACUAAGCAAGACAGAACUGCAGAUGGACUUGCACUGAAUGAAGCACGAAAACAGUUAAAGGAGGAGACUCAGCUACGGCUGGAUGUGGAAAAAGAACUAGAGGUGCAGAUUGGAAUGAGACAGGAGAUGGAGCUGGCCAUGAAGAUGCUGGAAAAAGAUGUUUGUGAGAAGCAGGAUGCACUAGUGGCACUCAGGCAGCAACUAGAUGAUCUCAGGGCACUAAAGCAUGAACUCUCCUUCAAGCUGCAGAGUUCAGACCUGGGAGUGAAACAGAAGAGUGAAUUAAACAGCCGUUUGGAGGAGAAGACAAAUCAGAUGGCUACUACUAUUAAACAGCUUGAACAAAGAUUGCGACAGGCAGAGAGAGAACGUCAGUCUGCCAAGGAGGACAACCGGCUCUUCAAGCUGGAAUUUGGUGACAAGAUCAACAGUCUUCAGAUAGAAGUGGAACAGCUCACCAAGCAGCGGGGCCAACUUGAACAAGAACUGAAACGGGAAAGAGACCGAUGGUCACCAAUCCACCAGGGCAUCCAAGAAAACAAAAUCACAGUAGCCCAAGGCAAGGGCUGCCAGAAGAUGCAAUUAAAAAAGGAUGGGAAGCAGAAAAUCCAGGAAGAAAAUGCCAGACUGAGAGAGCCUGGAAGAGGGGAAAAUGCUGUUCUUCCAAACAAGAUACAGUCUGUCAUGCAAGAAGAGCAGGAACUGCCACCUGGACCUGGAAAAUCACAGCUAUGCCAGCUGUGCCAAGAGGAAGGCAGUCUCACCAAAACAAAGAACAUUUGCAAGAACUGUGAUGGAAUCUUCUGCAAGGCCUGUUCAGCUAAUGAACUGCCCCUUCCAUCCAGCAUUAAUCCAGAGUGUGUUUGCAACACAUGUCACAAACAGCUGAUACAGCAAUAUUCAACAAGCCCAUUGUAGGACUCCGCAUGGGGGACAGUGAUGACCAAUCAAGGCUUUUGGCCCAGCUAUAAAAUCUUGUAGCUUAGGCUUGGCUCUGAAGCUGUUCAGGCGAGUUUCUAGAGAAGAAUCUCUCUUCCCUCUGCUCUUGCAAGGUCAAAGAGAGGAAGUACAUUCUUGUGUUCACAUUCUCUCUCAACUGUCUAUUUAAAAUGCUGGUCUGAGCCCUUCUAGGAAAACACCCCCCUUUUCAGGCAGGAGCUGCUGUGUGAAGAACUUGUCAGAGUAGCCUUAAUACAUGUACCAUGGCAACUGCAAGAAGAGGUAAAAACACACGUACAAAGGUUUACUUAAGUGUUUUGUUUGAAGACAAAAUGGAUGAUAACUGAAACAAAGAACGAAGAGGUAUUGUUCACCAGCAUGUGUGGCUCUGCUUGAAAUACCACUUUCCCUUUUCCGUUCUGUCCUUGGCAGUUCUACUGAACUGUGAUGCUCCAGUUCAAAGAGAAAAAUCCCACAAAAGAACUGGGAAUUAAACAUGUGUGUGGCACAUUGUUACUCAAUUCAGUCCCCUCUUGGGCUCCAGUCUGGUUGUGUGGCGUAACAUCAACAGUUGAGGGGAAAGAUUUAAAAGAUUUUGGGGUUAUUUUUUUGAGGCGUGUGAGAGAUAUGAGAACUGAAUAGCCGCCAUUUCGCUCAGCACAGUACGCUUGAAAGUUCUCAUAGCACAAUCCUCAAACAUUAUUUAAAUACAGGUUUGUUUUUUGGUAAAAACAGGUACCUCUGAACUUUUAUAGUGGAGGUUCUCGUUGUGACUUAUGGUAGCUGUGAAUUUUAGACUCUAAAUCUGUUUUAUCUUGACCUGAUGAUUAGAGGAUGGAUUUAGAUUCCAGAAUAUUUAAAUGGGGCGGAAAAAAACUGGUCUUCCUUUAAACAGACCAUUUAGGGGCAUGUUUGUACAUUCUGUCCAACAUACUGCUCCUACUAAUUUUGUGCACAUUAAUCAGCUGUUCAAGCAGCAAAUGUGGUGGUCUUUAUUUAAAUAUAGUCAUAAGACUGAUCAAUUUUUAGCCACAAGAAACGGUGGCUGUUAGCAGGAGGCUCAAAUGCUAAUCUGAAAUUCACUUUCAAAUAGGUUUUAUGGUUCAUACAAAGAUAAUCUGACAUAAGAUGUCAUAUUUAAGGCUUCUGUACUCCACCAAAAGGCGCCACUUGUACCUCUUAGGGCUCCAGCCUCCCCCUGUGCCAAAACUGCAAAAUUACAAAUGCUGGUAUGCAUCCCUCCCCAAAGAGAGGGGUUUAGUUUAUUUGGCCUACUUUGUACUGGAAACUGAACUAAACCAUUACGACCACAGAAUGUAUUGUAAUCUUUAGAAAACUGAUCUUUGUAUAUUUGUGUAUUCAGGGGUGUUGCAUUAAUUUUACUACAAAUCUAUAUUUAGGGAAACCUGGUUUUUCUUGAAAGGUGAUUAUAUGCAACUUAAAUCUGUUAGAACUACAUGCAUUCAAUGUAGUUCUGUCUUCCUGCAAUUGUCUAUAACUUAACUUUUCAGGAGGAAUUAAAAAGUGAAGUAGCUUUGUCUUUGGAAUCUAAGUGGAAAUAUAUGGUGCUUUCGUACAUUCACUUUCUAUUUUCCAGGAAGAGAUGUUUGUUUUUUUAAUUAGGGUCACCAGUGCAAAGUCAGGGACAGCACUCUGAGUGACUGGAAAAGAUACUUUACUAAUGAUUCUUUUGCCUGAAGGUGAAGUUGAUUGCUUUUGCAGGGAGGAUAAAUAUUCAAUAUGCAUAUACUGUACAAAUCUACACGAUUUUAAAUCAGCUAGGUGAGUUGGUUUUGUUUUUCUGCUAGUCUGAUGGAGUAGAAACUGAAAUUUAAGCAAUUCUGAUAGCAUUUGGAUAUCAAACUGGAAACACAAUACUUAAUUUUAAUGUGUAAAUGCUGACAUGUCCACAUUACCUUGUGAGUGUGAUUAGAAGUUCUGAGAUGGUAGCUGAUUCCUUGGUUGCCUUUAUACUUUCUUUAGAUCGUCACAAAAAGGAAGAUUGCUGCUACUACCCUUAGAUAUUAAUGCUGCAACUCUAAAGUCUCCAUUUUGAAAAGCACGAUAGUCACAUAUAAAGAAGUUAUCCAAGUUACAUAAAACCCACUGUGCUCAACAACUUAACAAGUUUACUUCAGCCAUGAGUUAGUAACAUAUUUGUGUACAGCUUAGGUUGAGGAAGAGAGCUAAAAUUAAAUGUCAGAAUUACAAGGUGAGCUCCAUGAUGGUUCCUACCUAUGUCCUCUGAUGUCAUCCUAAAGACUUGUAAAUGCAGUGUUUGGAUACCACUUGCUAAGGGAAAUUCUUCAAGCAUGUUUGUAGGUGUAGCUGUGAAAACUGAGGGGGAGGGGGAAGGUAUUUUCUGGCACUGUUCCAUGCAAAAUAAAACUGUUUAAAAAAUA